AUGGAGCGCACGGCCAAUCAGCGCAUUCGCACCACUGAGUGGGAGGACGUGCAGUACCGCUACGGCAACCGUGUCGGUAAGUAUGAAACGCACGAGCUGCAGAUAUUAGCGCAAAAAAUUGCCGAUACGAACCAAAACGCGUGUCUCACAGUCUACGACCCGCAUGCGGAAAAAGUCGAGGCAAAACUGGAGCGCGGAGGCUACGAGCGCGACGAGGGUCGCAAGGAGGACGGUACUGACCUCAUUGUCGACUCAGACAACGAGGACGAGGCGUUAGCUGUUAUCCGGCGACGACGUGUGAUGGAGCUGCAGCAGCAGAGGGCAACGGAGCGCUUUGGGGUACUACGGCACAUCCCGGGAGCCGACUACGUUGCCGAGGUUACAGAGGCGUCUUCGACGUGUUGGGUGGUAGCAGUGCUCAUCAAGCCGGGUCACAGCGACUGUGAGGCACUGUUGGCGGUGCUUCGCACGGUGGCGCAGCGGCGGCGCUCAGUCAAGCUCGUUUCGAUUAUCUCCACAGAGGCGAUUCCAAACUUUCCUGACCGCUACCUUCCGUGUGUUCUUCUGUACAAGGACAAGGAGUUGAAGAAGCAGGUCACUGGACUGGCAGACUGGCAGGCUCAGAGGGAGUUGAAUGUUGCGACAGUCGAGCAGGCCUUGUCUCGAAACGGGGUGCUGCCGCGUAUCGAGGAUUACACAAGCUAUGAGGCACUUGAAAAGGACGCUUAG